AUGAGCACACAAGAUACUCACACGGUGGUGGAAGAGGCGGUGGACCCCGAGAUCGGGAGCUUUGGGUCCCCUGAGGGAAGCACGAAGCUUCGGGAGCUGCGGCCUACUCGGGAGGAGAGCGGGGUGGACGGCCGCUGCCCUGCCUCCCUCCCCAACUGCCACACACCGGCUUUUCGAGGGGCUUGCCGGUCCCGUUUCCCCCCCCUGUGGGCUGGGGGGGUCAUCCCAGCCCCCCUGCAGAAAGCUCAAGAUGAGUGGAGAUUAAGUGGCACGAGACCCUCAAGGCCUACCUUACAAGAUGGCGGCAACGGCAAGCUAUGCACCAUCACGCCAUCCGCCGCGAUGACAGACCGCAAAGCAAGUCCGACAAGACAUGCCGGGUACAGCAUGGAAACAUUACAUGCAGCUACAUCGCAGCUCAGGCUCACAACAAGCCGAGAGGGAGUCGAAAUGCAUGGACUAAUCAUUCACAGCAGACGGGAUGCCUGUGAUCUCUCACCAGCCCACGACAAACACCUGACAGACCAGCUAACAAGGGAAUAUCAGAAGUGCAGCAGGCACAUAAGCUUCUCCCACCAAAGAAACUAUCCUCACUGA